ACUCUCAAUUUCAACCCUAAUGCUUUAAACUACGCAGAGACGAGUUAGUGACUGAUGGCUUGACCGCGGUAACACAGCGGACGUGUAAAACGUCUGUCUUUUCCUUUAUUUAGUUUACACAGUGAAGCUCAGGCACCAUCUUGCUUACGCCCAUCCACCUCUCCUAUGAGGCAGCAGGGGCGGGUGUGAUAGGGAUUGUGUAUGUGUGUGUGAGUGCGAAUGGUUUUUCAGAUUUGAGCAGCAGAAAGAAAGGGCAGUUUCGAGGAAGUGACGGAUUAGGCUCGGGGGACUGGUCAUAGGAAGUUUGCUCGAUGGUAGUGCCGCGCUGCUGAACCAAACUUUUCCCUGUUGUGAGCGCUAGCGGCACCGAGGACCGGCGUGGAAGGACCCAGCGUCGGUGGGAAGUACACCGAGGAAUCCAUCUGUUGUCGGGAGAAAAGAAGGAGUCACUGAGGAAUUUCACUCCUGUUAAAACAAUCCCCUCCCUUCCCCUCUCCUUAUUCCCCCCGCGCCUCCCGUGUGUGUAUUUUUUUUAUUUUUUUUUAUUGUUUGGAUUCGUGAUGGGGAAGGAGCAGGAGCUUCUCGAAGCGGCGCGCACGGGGAACCUGGCCGCUGUGGAGAAGCUUUUAUCCGGGAAGCGACAGUCAGGAGGCACCGGGAGCGGGUUGUCUGGAGCCGGUGGAAGUAGCAACAGUGGUGGCCACGGCGCCUCCUCUCAUCCACUCUCCAGUCUGCUCAGCAUCUGGAGAGGCCCCAAUGUGAAUUGUGUGGACAGCACUGGAUACACCCCCCUCCACCAUGCUGCCCUCAAUGGACACAGUGAGGUGGUGGAGGCACUGCUGCGAAACGAGGCCUUAACCAACAUUGCUGACAACAAGGGCUGCUACCCUCUCCACCUGGCUGCGUGGAAGGGAGAUGAACAUAUCGUCAAACUGCUCAUUCACCAGGGACCUUCGCACCCUAGACUCAAUGAACAGAGCUCUGUAGACCAUAAAGAGUUCAAACGCUGUGGGCCCUUUGACCCCUAUAUUAAUGCCAAGAACAAUGACAACGAAACACCGCUGCACUGUGCCGCCCAGUACGGCCACUUCCAGGUGGUGCGGCUGCUGCUGGAGGAGCUGACGGACCCGACCAUGAGGAACAACAAGUUUGAGACUCCACUGGACCUGGCGGCGCUGUAUGGUCGCUUGGAGGUGGUCAAGCUGCUCCUCAGCGCUCAUCCUAACCUCCUGAGCUGUAACACCAAGAAACACACACCCCUGCAUCUGGCGUCACGGAAUGGACACCUCUCUGUGGUGCAGGUGCUGCUGGACGCUGGCAUGGACAUCAACUAUGAGACGGAGAAAGGCAGCGCCCUCCACGAAGCGGCCUUAUUUGGCAAGAGGGAUGUGGUUCAGAAACUUCUCAGUGCAGGCAUUGAUGUAAACAUUGUUGACCAGAAGGGCCUGGCAGCGCUGGACACUGUCAAGGACAUGCCCUCCCAGAAGAGCCGAGAAAUAGCCGCUCUCAUCUUAGGUCACAUGAGUGGAAAACCCCCUGACAUUGACCUUCCCCCUCCCCCUCCCCCUCCGCCUCAGGAGAGUCCCAGCCCGCGGAAAAAAGGCGAUCUGGAGAGGGUGACUGAGUUGAUCUCGGGGCUGGCCCCGGGGCCCGAGGAAGAGAGCCCGUAUGAGGCUCUGUUCGAAGCCACCUCUUGCCACUCACUGGACAGUCUCACCAGCGGCAAAUCCUCUGACAGAGACUCUGGACGGCCGGACAGUGAAGCUGGCAAGAAAGACCGCCUGGUCCACACAUCACAUCCUGGUGCUGGUCAUGAAGACGAGGCGAGUUCAGAGGCCCUGUUUACUAACAGCAGUAUUAAUGAACGAGGUGAGCCAGAGGAGGAGGAGGAUCACACCUAUGAGUUGCUGCUGACUGCACAGACCAAAGUCCCACCGCCAAGCCAAGAGUCCCAGUCCAAAAAAGAUGACAAUACCACUAUACAGUCUUCCACCAGUGUCCUACCUCAGCGUAAACCCACUGCCCCAAAUGACCUCAGAGCCCCGAGCAAGACGAAAGACACCCUGCACCCUCCCGGACUGGCGCUACCACGGCUCUCGGGAGAUAACUCCCAGCUCAGCGAGGAUCAGGAAGCAGGUGUCCCAGAGCAGUUCACUGGCCUCCUGCACGGAUCAUCUCCCGUCAUCGACUGCCGCGAGGAGGCCUUCAGGCUUCCAGGUGAUCCGCCACCCGCCCAAAGUCAGCAAGAAACAAGCAAACCCGCCAAAGUAAAAGAGCAAGUAGCAGCAGCUGCACCGCCACCUAGCCGCCCCAGUAUGGCCGCCAUCCUGACGGACUGUGACCCAAAAGCGAUUUAUGCGACUGUGAAUAAGGACCACAGGACCUCGGGGGCCGGGGCAGUGUCUGCCGCUAGGAUGCACCCUCCUGGGGACCUGAAACUUGCACGCAGCCUCUCCAAGUCUGACUCAGACUUGCUCGUGUCGCCUCCCAGUGAGGAGGAAGGAGGACUGGGAAACCGAAGCGAGUCGGUAUCUAACUGUAGCACUGGCAAGAAGAGGCUUGAGAAAUCUCCCUCUUUCACUUCAGAAUGGGACGAGGUAAGUGUUUGUGCUCGUCCUUUUGCUGUGUUUGUGUCUUUGCUUCUUCAUUAAGGUGCUGUGUUUAAG